AUUUUGGUAUUGUUUUCUGUUAGGUAGUAAUUUGGACUUAAAACUAAAGUUUUCCGAUAUUGAAUACUUAGUUUUUGAAUUACGUUAGUGGUUUUAUGUUUAUUUACUUCAAUGGUGUACAAUUUUAGUGCUAAUUAUAAUUUCUUAAGUGCAGUAUUUGUUUAUUUGUGUUAAGCGCAACUAUGUUUUUUAUAGUGAAAUAGUGAUUUUAUUGUUUUAAUUUUAAUCCAACGUACAGUUCUGGAUAUGCAAUAUUAUGAGAUUAUAACUUUGGUGCCAAACAAUUAUACCAUUUAAUUUCCAAACAACAUGUGUGAUAUUUGUGCGGAUUUUUCGGAACUGCUUAACAAUUUUUCAGAUCAUGAUAAGAUAAAUAGGUUGGAUGGAAGUGAUUUACCCCUGCUGAAAAAGAAGGAGAUUGAACAUGUCUUCACCUUCAUUCAUACUUGGAUUCAGAGACAAUGUUUUUGCUGUUUCCGGGAUCCAAAGAACUAUGAGAAAUUUCACCUGAUAACCCAAAGUAUUAUAUUGUUGGUUGUGAAACAGUUGAAAGCCUACAAGGGCCAAGAUGUGAUAGAAUCGGACACUUCACAGAAUGAAGAAGUAAAGAAAGGUGGAAAAGAUGGUGGAAGCGAAGUGAAAAUUGUUGAAGUUACAGAUGAAAAAAAUGCUUCUGAUGAAGAAAAAGAUAAAGGCAAGGAGGAAAACAAUGAUAAAAGCAAAACACCAGUGAUUGAAGAAGAGAAGAAAGAUGUUUGGACAAUCCAGGACAUGGAGAAGUUACUGCACUUCCUGUCGAAGGUGUUCCUACUCAACUUCCCGCUGUACGCUGCAUACAAGCAGAGUCUCCAAACUAAAAUGGAGGAGCUGACGCAGCAAGAGGUCACUGUAUUGAGCAAUUUCUGUGAUGUCCACGAUCUUGAGAUACCCAUCCACCUGUUACGCAAUGUCUGUCUGUUCUGCAGGAGCGGGGGUGUGGAAGCCAUGACAGCAUGUUUUGAACAUCAGACUCUGCCAUUACCAGUGGCACAUGCCAUCAUUUCUGUGGUGUGCAACCUGAAACUGUGGCUCAACUUCCGCUCGAUUAUGCAACUCUUCAUCCCUCUACGCUCAAAGGUGUUGCGUUACAUGUGCAAUAUGGCGGACAAGGACUUGCGUUCACAGGGCAUUAAGGCUAUGGCAGAUUUCAUGUGGAGUGCUGUGAAGGAUCCCAUGGACUCACCGGUGCAGUUCGACCGUGACGGACUGGACCUGGCAUUCAAAUACUUUACAUCGUCGACACUCACCAUGCGACUGGCAGGAGUUUCACAGAUCAACUCCCACAUCAACAUGUUCAAUGAGAUGUGCAACAGUGAGAACAUCAUGGAGGUGGAGAAUGUGGGGCAGAGUUUGGCCGCUUGGCUCAUUGAUAACAACAUCAUCUCACACAUUUUUGGACCCAACUUGCACGUCGAGGUUAUCAAACAGAGCCAUGUGAUCCUCAGUUUCCUGGCAAUGGAGUGUAAGAUAACCAAUGAACACAUUGACGUGAUCUGGCAGGCCGCACAGCUCAAACACUGCAGCAAGCAGGUUCAUGACUUACUGCCUCCACUGAUCAAGAACCUAGAAGCCGGACCUGUGCUACACCUCUACCAUCUUCUCUGCAAGCUAGAGCCGAAAGAUCACACAGAGCAAAGCCUCUAUCUGGCCUCAACUAUCAUAAAGUUCCUAUGGUCAAGCAAUGGAUCGUACAAUGGACUAGGUGAGCCUCCUGGUAGCUUCGUCUGUCUCACAGGAUACGCAAAGGCAACCCAACGUCAAAUGAGCAGCUCUGACAACAGCAACUCAGAGGGUGACACAUCUGAGGGUCACAAGAGUGACAGUGAUGGUAGUGAUGGCCCAACCCCUCGGAAACGACAGAAACAGAGGAAAGCUGCUGUCGGUGAAGAGGAUAGUAGCGAUGCUGAAAGUAUAAAGGUAGAAGAUUUAGAUGAAGAUGAAGCAUCAGCCAAUAAAGAAACAGCUGGGAAAGGAAGCUCUCCUUCUGUCAGGCGGGUGAAGCGAAAAAUUUCAGGGAGGACUCCACAUGAUCCUAAACUGACGAAGCAGAAUGUUAAGCACGACAAGGCUGAGUUAGGCUCAUCAAAUGCAAUACGAGAAAGAAUGAAACUACAUAGGCAACAGAAGGCAAUCAGAGAGAAAAUGAAAGCCAUGGACCACCAACAUCAAAAGGACGAGAACAGCAACUCAGUGAAAAUGGACGAAUGCUCAGAAGAAGAGGAAGAUGAGGAGGAGGAAGACGAGGAUGAGGAAAGUGAGAGCGAGGAGGAGGGAGUCAUGAUGGCAAGUCGACUGGCACUUGAUCCAGAGGCUGUCAAGGUGGUCACAGACCAGGAAGUGCCCAACUUAAUGCUCAGACAAGGGUCAGACUAUAUCCAGCUGGUGAGCAGACAGUCACCAGACUGUGGACAAACAGCUGUCAUGACAGAACUGGCUAGCCUGGUGCAGAACGCCCCUCACUGUCGUCCCUUUAUCACCACCUCAUUCCAGCCCAAUGCUCAUGAAAUGAUGGAGGAAAUUUUGAGUGUGGAGGAUGGUGAUGGGGAUGGAAGCUUAUCUUCAAGGAUGAGCAACAAGUCAGAGAAGAACAUGGCUGACUUUGAUGGAGAGGAGUCUGGAUGUGAUGAGGAACUCGCACAGUUUGCUGCUAGAGCACAGAUGUUACAAGCCCACCUGACACCUCAGCAGCUGGGACAAAUGGCCAGGAUGCACGCCAAUAAGGUGGCACUCCACCACUUGGCCCCUGUCUUGUCACAGUUCAACCUGGAGAAUGUGUGCAAGCCUGGUAACACGUUGCUUUGGGAUCUGCUACAGGAUGAUAAGAUUAAUCAGCUAGGAGAAGGCUUGGCACUGGAAGCUGAGAAGGUCCUGUGUAACCUCCUGUGCUUCAACACGGACAAGCUGAUCCGUAUGAAGUUCAUUGAAGGCUGCCUGGAAAAUCUCGCCAAGAAUUGUGAUUGCAGGUCUGUGGUGGUAUCAUUGCGGCUGCUGCCGAAGCUCUUCGCAUCGUUCCAGCACUUUCGUGGUGGUGCGGUGGACACCCAUCACGUUACCCUGUGGGCUCUUAAGGAACACGCCAUGAUGGAGCGGUUCUUUGAGAACCUACGGGCGGCCGGACCCUUGCCUCUCACACACGUCCAGGUGCGGCUGCAGUUCCUCACGCAUAUCUACUCACCUCUGGGCCUGCCCGAGUAUAUCAGACUGAGUGUGGAAGAACUUGACACACUAUGGCAGUGUCUGGCUGGCGACCCAGAGUGCUCUGAUGAGUUCUUCAGCUGGCUGUUGCGCCAGGUCAAGUCCAAGGACCAGCAUGCAUUGCGACAGGAGACACUUAGACACCUCUACUCCAAGAAGCUGCCUACCUUGCCUCCAGAGACCAUCUCCAUGACGGCUCUGGACUUGUACCAGCAGCUGUGCAACAUGGCCCGUGGCUCCUCCGCUCACCUUGACACUCCCAACAUGGACCACCUGUGGAAGAUCGCCCUCCGUGUCAACAAUACAGAUGUGAGCAUGGCAGCCAUACAGUACCUGAACAUUUACUACAUGGGCAGACAGCUGGAGCAAGAGUCAGAAUUUGUGUGCCAGUGUAUGGCCAACCUGACUCAGGCCACACAAGAUCUUCAAACUAACGAGGAAGCAAGUCUGCUGUGUAUACAGCGUGCUCUGCUGCUGCUCAACACACACUUAGACACUUUCAAACGCAGAUAUGCGUACCACCUUCGCCGUUGGACUAUUGAAGGCCAUAGUCUGGGUAGUCAUGUCAUUGGAGAACGGGAACGUGGCGCACAGCUACGCAUAGUGGUCCAGCCUGCUGGCGUACAGGACAAGGUGAGUAUAGAGCUGCUGACAACCGACUACGUAGCAGAACUCAGAGCAGAAGUGACAGUGUGGUGGGAGUCACUGCACUCCAAACCCUCGGUUAAUGACGGACCUAUCCGCAUCAUCACACAGGGCCAGGAGCUGACCACAGAGUUUGACGAGAAGACACUUGGAGAGAUUGGUUUCAAGGACAUGCAGAUGGUGUACAUCUCAGUGGGGGCCUCCAGGCAGAAGAAGCGAGGGGAUGCUAAUGACACCCCCUCAGUUCUACCACCACCCCCACGAGAGUGUCUACCUACUCUGCUACUGUUGUUGCCCAACUACUUCGAACAACUUUUCAAGCUCAUGCAGACACUCAGUGCGAUGAAGACACAGGUUAAGGGAGGGCACCACAUACCACACACCAAGGCUCAGGUUCUAUCUCGCAGAGUGUGGGACAUACUGACACUGUUGCCUACAAGUCCAACAUUACUGGACGGUUUCCAGAAGCUGGACUGUGAGUCAAAGCUGCAGCACCUGCUUGACCCUGCGAGUCCACAGAAGCUUAUGUACUCACUUUACAUUGUCGAGAGCCUCAACAGGAACUCCAACCUGCAUAAGAAGACGGUGAUUGGUGAUGAAGAGAAUACGAAUGAGAGCCCUUGGAGUGAAAUGUUUGUACAGAAUGGAGGCUUGCGCCAUUUGUUUGAUAUUUUCAUGUCAGGGGUGUUGCAAGUGCCUGGUGGCAGUGAGUGGCAGCAGGACUGUCUGGCGUGUUUGCUCAAGCUGCUAUGUCAGUUAGGGAUGACUCACACAACUGAUGACUCAGCCACCAACAAAAACAAACGCAAACGCUGCACCAAGUCUGACAAGAUGGUCAUACCUAAACUCAGUCAGCCGAUGGUCCAGCUGAUGAACAUAGAGACUGUGAUACCUAGACUGACCAGUAUACUAUAUGAAGCCUCCAUGCCCAGGGAUCCAAACCACUACAAGACCGGCUUCUGGGGGAGAGCUCAGGUGGUGCAGUAUGCGAUGGCACUGAUUGUGUCAUGGGCAUACACUGUGAGUGGUGUCCGCGAGGCACUGUACGCAGAGGAACAGUUCCACACAUGGCUGCGACGACUGGUGCUAGAGGAACCAGAACCUUGUGUGCGGAGAGAGGUCUGCAUGGCUCUCUACAGGCUGGCAGCUCCCCCUCAUGCUCCCUCCAUGUUGACUCACCUGCUAGGUUUGCUGGACAAGGCCGAAGUGAUGAGGCCGGCUAAACAGGAGGGUCUCCACUUGCAAGCAGUACCUGAAGAUGGGAAGGAGCCAUAUGGACCGGCUUGCAGAGAUUACUUCUGGCUUCUCUGCCGUUUAGUGGAUAGCCUUACUGCUGAUGAUAUCUCUAAAGAAGUCGUAGACCUAGAAAAUCUAGCUAGCCGAGUGUACAGGUCCAUCCUUCAGCGAGAAUACUUGGAGACGAGGCACAAUACUGUGGAAGAUGAUGGGCUGAUAGGUCUCCUCAACCUUAUGAGCAAUAUCCUUAAACAUAAUCCCUCUUUUAAGACUGGCAAGGAGGGACAGGCACUUCUCAACGAGGUAUUCGAAUUCUUGUUCGCCCUGCCUGACCCUAGUAACAGACACUUCCCCAAAUGCAAGUCUCAAGCAGCAAGGUCUUCAGCCUAUGAUCUGCUCGUGGAGCUAGUCAAAGGUGCUCGUCAGAACUACAAACAACUCCAUGAGAAACUUUUAGCACAACAUAAACCUGGUCCACAUUCUCCCUAUCCCUGGGACUACUGGCCACACGAGGACGGUCGCUCAGACUGUGGCUAUGUGGGCCUGACAAACCUGGGAGCUACAUGUUACAUGGCGUCCUGUAUGCAGCACCUAUAUAUGAUGCCACAAGCAAGGGCUGAGAUACUUCGUGCACAGGUGGACACCGCCAGCAGCAAGCAUCAGCUGACCCUGCGCGAGUUACAGCGCAUGUUUGCAUACCUGUUGGAGAGUGAAAGGAAAGCAUACAACCCUCGCAGUUUCUGUAAAGUGUACACGAUGGACCACCAGCCUCUCAACACAGGCGAGCAGAAGGAUAUGGCGGAGUUCUUCAUCGAUCUAGUCUCUAAACUGGAAGAAAUGACGCCGGAACUGAAAAAGCUAGUCAAAACUUUGUUUGGUGGAGUCAUCAGUAACAAUGUGGUAUCUUUGGACUGUGAUCAUGUUAGUCGUACGCUAGAAGAAUUCUACACAGUGCGUUGCCAAGUGGCAGACAUGCGCAACCUAUAUGAGAGUUUGGAUGAAGUCACUGUGAAAGACACCCUGGAGGGUGAUAACAUGUACACAUGUUCACAGUGCGGCAAGAAAGUUCGGGCUGAGAAGAGAGCGUGCUUCAAGAAGUUACCCAAUAUUCUGUGCUUCAACACGAUGAGGUACACGUUUAACAUGGUCACAAUGCUGAAGGAGAAGGUGAACACUCAUUUCUCGUUUCCACUUAGGCUGGACAUGUCUGGCUAUGUAGAGAAACACCUCAUGCCACAACAGUACCAAGAGGAGAAAGACCAAGAAAGCAAGGAACAGGAUAAGGAUGAAAAGGAAAAGGAGGAGGAGGAGUGCUAUGAAUAUGACCUAAUUGGUGUGACAGUACACACAGGCACGGCAGAUGGUGGUCAUUACUACAGUUUCAUCCGCGAUCGUGCCCGCGAUAAGUGGUUUCUCUUCAACGAUGCUGAGGUCAAGCCUUUCGACCCUAAGCAGAUUGCGGCUGAGUGUUUUGGUGGGGAAAUGACGAGCAAAACAUAUGAUUCGGUAACCGACAAGUUCAUGGAUCUGAGUUUUGAGAAGACAAACAGCGCUUAUAUGUUAUUCUAUGAGCGCACACCUAGUGAGCGUGGUGGAGGGGAGGGUGGCUCCAAGGAGGAUAUGGCAGUUACACAGACUCCAGCGGCUCCUCAGGCUAUCACACUGUCCAAGGAACUGGAGGACUGGAUAUGGCAGGACAAUAUGCACUUCCUCAGGGACAAGAAUAUCUUUGAACACACCUACGUACAGUUCAUGUGGCAGAUUUGCGGUUAUGUCUCACAGACUCUGGAUAAUCCACAAGAGGUCAUUGAGAUGGCUGCACAACUUUCCACCACCUUCUUUAUCGAGACAUUCAUCCAUGCCAAAGAAAAGCCAACAAUGGUGCAGUGGGUGGAGUUACUAACGAAACAGUUUAACACGUCACAGAACGCCUGUGAGUGGUUUCUUCAGCACAUGGCCCACAACAACUGGUGGCCUGUGCAAAUCCUGAUCAAAUGCCCUAACCAGAUGGUGCGGCAGAUGUUCCAGAGGCUAUGUCAACACGUGAUACAGCUGCUCAGGCCCAACCACUCUCAACUGUUUCUCAAGAUGGACUCAGAUGAUGAUGGCAUGGAGGAGUGUGACCCAGACAAGAUCGGCUACCUCAGCUGUGUCACCAUGUUCAUCCGCAUGUUGCUGUCACUGAUGGAACAUGGAGCCAAACCUCACCUGAAACACCUGACUGAAUAUUUUGCCCUUCUGUAUGAGUUCAGCAAGAUGGGUGAAGAUGAAAGUCAGUUCCUAAUAUCCAUCCAUGCUAUUUCCACCAUGGUCAACUUUUACCUAGGACAGAAAAGUCAUGACUAUGUGGAAGUUGUGAGUGAGGAAGAAGAGGAGGAGGAGGUGGUGCCACUGCCUACAGACAAGUACAAACCUCAGUCUCUGGACAAGAUGAUCACACUAAUUGCCCUAUUAGUGGAAAAGUCGAGAGGUCCUGAUCACAAUCUUCGCCUCUCAGCAGCGGACUACAGUGUCAUUGCUGGUACCAAGGGCUUUCCGUUCUUAUUUCAACAAAUCAAAGACUGUAUCAACCUACACCAGACGAGGAACCUGAUCUUCUCUCUGUGUCGCUGGAACGAGAGGUUAGCUAGUCACAUCGUUGCAAUGAUCUUCUCGGCCAUCCACAAGUUUUCUGAUAUGUGUCAGCCGUUCUUCAAGUUGCUGACAUUACUGGUAGAAGUGACGAAUGUGGGGCCGCCAGGAUUGCCGUGUUUCACGGAGUUGGUGUUGGCUCGCAUGUUGGAAGUGAUGGAGGUGACUCCGCAGAGUGCGUUCGACUGGUUAGCAAUGCAGGUGCCUCGCAACAAGAUUGCGCAUGCAUGGGUCAUGACAGGUCUGGAGAACUGGUUACAACAUUAUCUUCUUGCUCACAACAACCAAAGAGUUCGUUCUGCGGCAGCAUAUCUGCUAGUGGCACUGGUGCCCAGUACACAGUUCCGCCAGUGUUACCGCACAGCUCGCCCACACAAAGAGGUAAUUCUCACUCCUGAGGCCCAAGCUGUACUACACCAGGUCUACACAGUGCUGCUGCGGCUACUCAAAGUCGCCAGACAGUACACCGAGAUAACUCAACACGGCUCCAGCAAGCUCUCUGCCUACUUCGCACUGCUCAACUACUUCGCCAUCUCCCGCACUGAGAAACUCAUGUUUGGCCCCUACCUGCUAGAUCUGUGGCAGUUGUUCCACCCUAAGCUGUCAGAGCCUGGUAUCCCAGUCCACCACAACAAGCAGGCUCUCCUCAUGUUCUGGUACCACGUCUGUACUGAUUGCCCGGAGAAUGUGCAGCUUGUACUGCAGAACGCACACAUCAUCAAGAACAUCGCCUUCAACUAUAUAUUAGCUGACCAUGAGGAUCAGGAAGUGGUUCUGUUUAACCGAACCAUGCUACCGGCAUACUACGGCCUCCUGCGGCUCUGCUGCCAACUGUCAAGACCUUUUACCCGACAACUAGCCACACAUCAGAAUCUCACCUGGGCGUUCAAGAACAUUACGCCGCAUCCCACGCAGUAUGCCAUGGCUGUGGACGAGUUAUUCAAACUGAUGUCUUUAUUUGCUGCAAAAUAUCCUGACAGUACGGAACAUGAAAUCAUUGAAAUUAAUGCUUUCCGCAAGCAAGCACUACAGCUUUAUCUUCAGUUCCUAGAUGGGCGAUCGUCUUGGGCCACUCUAAUCUCAGCCUUUCGGAUAUUGGUGGAGAACGAUGAGGACCGCCACUUUGUGCUGUAUAAUGGUGGAUUGCAGAUGUGUUUCGAGUCAUUCCAUACUCUUCAUGUGAUGUACCACGAGGCAACAGCAUGCCAUGUAGCCGGUGAUCUGCUGGAGCUUCUCACUAUCCUGGUGGAUCUGGUGAAGUGCCUGCGGACCUGCCGGGACAGCAAGGAUGUGCGUGGAGUGUUCCUGGGCUGCAAGGACUGGAUGGACGUCCUGCGUAAACUGGUCACACUGCUUAACACAUACAACCCCAAUGAUAUGCGGACACUCUGUAUAGAUCUGUUGAAGGAGCUGUUACUGCUGGCACCAACAGAUGUGCUGAGUGUGUUGGUACCAGUGCUGACUCACUGUCAUGCAGCGUUCCAGGACAAUAACAACGCAAUGCCAAUGGGGCCAUACUUCCCACGGCAGGGCCAUAAGCUGCCCCCACUAGGGCUUAAGGCUAAUGCCCGUCCACUAAGGCCUAUGGUUCAGAUGGCAGUACCGCACAACCAAAUUGAUGUAGCCAAGGGUGUAGAUCCAGAGUAUGACCAGGCACUCCACCAGUUCUAUGCUCCAUACCACAGUUUCGUGGAUGUUAUGUGUCGGCUGGCAAUCAAUCACAACUGUAUGACUGAGAACCUGGUCAAUCUGAGUGCGAUGGUGGGCUUUGAGGCUGUUCCAUUGCACCUAACCUACUUCCCCAAGCUGUGGCUUGACAUACACCAAGCUCAGAAUGUGGAUAGAAAAUACAUAACAAUGCUGACCAACAGCAACUAUUUUGCUGACUAUGUGGAGUCAGUUCUUCUAGAUGAACGACUGUCCCUCAACAUAAAUGUCAUUUACGACUUCCUGGUUACGUACUUUCCAAAGGUGGCACCACAAGUACUGUCAGACAACACGUGUCAACUGAUGGAAACACUGGUGAACACAUUGGGCAAGACUUUGCCCUCCACUGACCUGACGACGACUGCAUACAAGCUCAAUGGCGAGCUGAGAGCCCUCUCUCUAGUCUACAGUGUGGAGCUGCCGGUUGUUCCCCCACCUGACCUCCUGGCCAUCCUCAACAAUCUGCAAGCCAGAAUACUAGAGGUGACAGAAGAAUCUCCGAAAUAAGAAGAGAAAAAUUGAAGAGGAAGAAAAACCACCAGUGAAGGAGGUGGAGAAAGAAGAGAAGGUGGAAGAGAGCAGCAAGAUAGAAGAGGUUAAGGCCAGCUGUUCCAAGGACAAGGACGUGAGUUCUACAAAUGACGACUCCACCUCAAGUAACGCUGACGUGGACUGGCUGGACCGACUACAGUCGACUGUCACUUCGCUGAUAGCUGCUCUUCAACAGAAGAGUGCCCGUGAUGAGCCCACCUAAUGUAUAGAACAUUCCUGCGCUUUCUGUAAAGACUUGUCGUUUUAUCACUAUCUGCUCGGUAUAUAUAGUUGUAUGUAUUAUAAGGUUGAUGUAUUAUACUUUUAUGAACGUAUCUUUUUUUAUAUAAUAUUAAUACUCGAUAUUCGUGCUAUAGUAGUCGGUAGUGUUUAUAAAACAUAUCGGUUCCGUGUUACCGUCAUUGCGACUGAUAAAUUAUUUUCAAUAUUGCAACACACUGUUUUUAUUAGUUAUUAUUAAAUUAUAUGGAAUGAUUGAUUUUAUAUUGUAUUGCUUUUUACGUAUUGUUAUUGAACACGUUUGUGAGAUUUUUUUAAGUGAUGUGAAUUAUUUUUAAGUUCUAUGCUGGUGAAUGUUUUCAUGUAGGCCGAAAUCUACAUAAUAUAUUAGUAUUUUUAUUCCGUUGUGAACAAUUUAAAAUGUUUAGUACUAAGGCCUACAUAAAAACUUUCAAACCACAAAUAAAAAUAAUGCAUUUCUCCGUCUAA